AUGGCAUGAUACCCGAUCUGCACCCUACCUAGUGGACUAAAUAGUCGAAUUGAGAACGUUUACAAUUGGAACCGAUUUUCGUUGUCAAGGAAACGCGUCUGUGGUUGUCAACCACGCAGAAACUAGUAGUUGUGCGCGUUUUAAGUAUUUAAAGCGAUUAUUUAAAGCGUUUAGCUAAAUAAUAAAGCGCAUUUAAUAUAUAUGAAUUGAGAGAAACUCUUAUUCCUGCGACAUAAGUGCUUGAGUUGUGCUUUAGAAAAGAAACUGAGGUAUUUAGAUAGUCAAUAGCGGUGACAUAACCCAGUCUUGCCAGCUAGGUAACAUUAGCACCUGAAGCCUGAUGCUUUAAAACAGUGGCACUUUAGGAGUUUAACAGAAUGAUCCUUCUUCUUCUUCAUCAUCAUCAUCAUCAUCAUCAUCAUCAUGCUGCUUUUCCUGGCAUGCUGAAGUUAGAAAUCUGAGGCAGCUCUGAAAAAGCUUUUCUUCAAGAUGCAAAUGCAGAAGGACAAUAUGUUUUAUUCAAACAUAGCAGGUCUGGAUGUAGAGGCUUAUGAUGACAGGAAGCUUCUGGUCCAGGAACAAAAGGCUUGUCGAGUUCGAGCCCGUCAGUACUCCAGGGAAACAAACCGGCGUAGAAAGAUGCUGGAGGACAGGAAGAGGCAGCAGGACAUUCAGGAGAAGAGGCAGAUGGAGAACAUUCUCCAGCAGCGUAAGCAGAGACUGCAGGAAGAUACAGAGCGUUUUCAGAGAGCUCACCUCCCUCCGUCUCAGAGGAGAAGACCAGCCUUUUGUACAAGAGUACCUAACUUGGAUGAAGCACUCAGACAUAUUCAAGGAGACCAAACGUGCUACAUUCAUCACACUUCAUUCUUACCUGUCACCCCAACAAUCAGCAGGAGCACUGUCUCCUCUAAACCGCCAGGGGGCUCCAGCGGUCCUCGCAACUUGCGUGCAGUUUCUGCAACUCAGGCCUACGACAAGCUCACGCAGGAAAGAAGCCUGGGUGACUUUAAAACCAGCCAGCUCCUCUUCAGCAACCAGCUGCAGGAGAAUCUACCAAAGGAUCAAGAACAACCUCGAACACAGGAGCACAGUGACAUUCAAAUAAGCCAUGCAGAAAGCCUGUCUAGCCUGGACAGCCUGGAGAAUGAGGUGCCUCAGCAUGGUCAUGGCAAUAAACCUGACAGUCUGGAUCCCCCAGAAGUCCACGAUACCAGAAGGCCAGCAUCACUGCAGAGGCAGCUAAACUGCCCAAGUCCAUCAUCUAACCACUGUCCACCAAAAAGAUUCCUGGAGAAGGUAAUAAGUCAGCAUGGUCUGCCUAGUUCUUCCAGGUCUUCAUCACCUUCACCUGUGGAAGAUGAGUCAGCGAAUGAGGCGCCGAGUGUACAGAAUUUUUUAAAAACAGCAGAACAGUUCGAUAUAACAGGCCAGUACCACACUUCCAACAUCCAAGCUACUUUCUCCUGCCAAAAGCAGGUGCUUGCAAUAAAUUCAGUACAUACAGAGUACCAGUAUGGCACAACCUUUCAGGAGAACAUAUCAAGGGACAAAAGCACAAUAUCAGUCCACUGUAAAAUGCAGACAGCCCCAGGUACCUUACCUCUGGAGUACUCAAGCAUGGCUCAACAGUCCAACUCUGGUGAGCUCUCAAAAUGCGCUAAACAUCCAUCAGAGAUGCACGCUGCCCAGAAAGCCAGCAGAAAUGUAUAUGGCAGUGUUUCUGAUCUGAACAAAGUCUCUCCCAGCUUGGAGAACUCAGCCUUACAGACAGUAGAAGCAGAGAAAUCUUUCCUGUCGACUAAGCGGAAACCAGAUGAAGAUGCUGUUCUAGUUCUUGAGAGGAGAACCCAACUUGGGAGCUUUGACAAAUAUAAGAGAGCAGAACAUCCAAAUUUAGCUAAUGAAUACAGUGAUCGCAGACUGGCAGAGGCCAUUUUGCCCAAGUCUUCCAAAAUGACAGAGGAACCAGACAAAACAUCAGUGGACACUUUGGCCAACCAUACUGACCUCAAUAGCAACAAUGUCCGAUUUCUGAAAGGAAUCCUUAAGAAAAAGUUCAAGUGUAUAGGGGAUGGAGAUGCCAAAUUCAGGUACACCCCAGGCAAUUUUUCAUUCAGCAAACAAGUAGCCAUAGCUAUUAGGGACAGUUUGGAGCUCAUUCGGUCUAAACGCAGGGACCAAGAGAGCAACAAGUGCAUUCAGAAGAAACUUCGCUGGUUUGAUGAGGUGAAUGGCAAUGGAGGAGAAAAUAAGAAAAUAGUGACAAAAGAACUAAGCAAGCAGGCAGAAGGUGAAAGCAGACUAACUCAACCACCUCAACAGCCUUUACUGGACCAGCAGCAUGGAUCAUGGUGUAUGAACAUACCCUCAGGCAUACUAAAAAACAACAAGACCUCCUCUGGCCCAGUUGACCCCAACUCAACAAAACAAGCCUGGUCAGAUGUUGGCCCCCAGAAAGGAAAGCAGCAGGAACCCACAGGGGAAUCCAGAAUGAAAAAAGCAGCUUCCUGUACUACUGGACAGGCACACUCUGGCAGAACUGGCUCAGGCACCACUUCAUUCCAGGCCAGGCGGGGUACCAUGAUUAGGCCACAAUGUUCCAGUCAGGUGCAACAUAUAGUCAGAACCCAAGGGAAGGUCCUGGUGCCUCGGCCUCCUCCACGAUCUGAGGUAACCGGGGGGAACUCGGGUCAGGCCAUGAUGUACAUCACCAAAACGGGCAACUACGAUGAGUGUUCCCAAGAUAAAGCACGUCUGGCAGUGGAGCAGGUUCUUUAUAAAGACUAUCCAGAAGGUCAGCCUGUUCCUCAGCACCACAUUCUCAAAACAGAUGAAGGCACUAUAUUGGCCCCAGUUCCACCCUCCUAUGCCUGCAAGUACGAGACUGUGUCUAAAGGCAUCUACACCCGCUGCCAAUCAGACAGCCAGAUUGGCAGGGGCAGUAACGGCUUUCAGAAGGGCAUCUUGGAUCGUACACCAACCGAUGAAGAGAUCUCACUGCUGUGGCAUGGAGUGCGUAGUGCCUUAGCCAGCAAAGAUGGUGACUCUAGAAACUUGCAGACUCACAAUGGACCGUUGUCUGCUUUGCCUCAAACUCAUGCCAAUUUGUCCCAUGUUGCCAUCAAUGGUGAUAGCUUGUUCAGUGGUGUCGAAGCAGUUGCAAGAAUGGGUGGCUUUUUCCUGUCAUCUUCCAAUGUGAGGAGUCCAGCGAGAAGACCUACUAUGGAGAAUAAUAUGGUGAAAAACAGCACUGCAGCAUUAGGUUACAAGAAACCCCCUGUUCUUCAUCAGGCUACAGUACCAAUAACUGCAAGUAAAACUGACCAGAUGGUGCCUGAUCAAGGUUCUAAGGUGAUGGGUGGUGAUGAGCAGGUUGCUGUAGACUUGGCUCAGUUCCAAAGAGCUGCUGAGUUUCUGCAGUCACAGCGAGGCCUCAGUGCUCUCUCCCUGGAGGAACAGAAACUCCUGCAAUCACUUGAUAGACUCAACCACCGCCUGCAGUAUGUGCAAGAUGUGACUGCAGGGAACACAGCACUGAGGGGCAUUGUUGCCUUGGACUCCGCAUAUAACCAGUCUCCCCAGCCUGGCAAGCGUUCAUGUGCCACUCUGCGCAAGUACCAUGACAGCUCAGCUCACAGCCACACCCGCCCACACACACGCUACUGACUUCAGCUCCCAGAAUGCCCUUCUAUCCCAGCCUGUCCCUUUAAUCCUUAAUGACAAGCACUUUAUCACUCUUACCCUGUUGAUGUUGCCUACUUUUUUUAUUAUUAUUCUUAUUAAUUUUUAUAUGUUAUAUUAUAUUUUUCUGUGUACAGCUUAUUUUGUGUACAGCACAUUGAGAAGCUGCUUUUAAAGGUGCUUUAUAAAAUAAAGUUUAUUAUUAUUAUUAUUAUUA